AUGUCAGCCCAUGAAAUUGACACCCUGUGGCGCUCCGCCUUUGGCGAGUCGGCCAUCCGACCCCUGGCCUACAGUUCAGAAGAGCUGGGCGACGAUGGAUGGCGACCACUAACUGAUCCGCAAAAAUUCAUCCUGAAUCUGGCAAAUCUCAAUCAGCAGCAACUGUAUGCCGCGAGCGCCAACAACCAACUUGCCAUGCUAGACGCCCAGACCGAAUACCUGGAGCUGGAGCGCCACAUCGCGAACAUCAAGGGCAAAGAAACCAUCAAAAAUCCUCGACAUCUCCCCGCACCGGAUGUCUUUGAGGAACGGAAAGAAGCUGCGUUGUACGGCUACAAGUAUGACGCGAAUCGCCCUGCCCUCCUUCAUGCUGGUAUUCCCGGUCUGAGAUCGGCCGAUGAUCUGACAGACAGAGAAAAGCAUGAUGUGCGCUUCUUCCAGGAGCCAUUCGAGCAAGGCGGCUUUGUGCCCAAGGAGCGAGAGUACAAAGCCAAAGUGGCCAAGGCCAAAGAUCCAAAGAACGUCGACGGCUGGAUCCCCAUCGAGCGAGAUGGCAAGCGACUCAUUCCCCGACAACAAACUCACCAUGAAGAGUACAACAUCACAUAUGUUAAGCGCAAUGUGGAUGAGAAUGGUGAGAUCAUUAGACCUCUGUCUCCCGAAGGCAGCGAAGUCCCCGGCGAAUCCCCAGACAAGGCCGUCAACAAACGCUUGACCAGGACCCGCUUCGAUGGCAAGAAGUUUCCGCCCACACGAGACGUGUCGGAGGCUCCAUCGGCAGCUUCUACGCCAAGCGGCAGAAAGCGUGCCAGCCCAUCAGGACUCGACACCCGAGAAGACACGCCCAAUUCAAAACGCCGGAAAAUUCAGCUCACUGUUAAUGGUGCAGAACAGCCCAAGCCCAAGCACCCAAAUCAGUAUACCAAGGCAAAAGAAAGAGAAUCGGUGGUCAGUCGCACUACUGUAGCUCAGGCCAGUACCAAGCCCGUGGCAUCAUCAUCGUCAUCAUCAACGAAGCCAACGUGGCGCGAGUUGUCUCCAAUGUCUAAACGCACACACAAGUGGACGGAUCCGGACUUGAUCGAGUCAAUCAAAGAAGAUCACACGUGGUUGCAUGACGACCCCAAGAGGGCCGAAGAUUGGAAGCAGAAGCUUCUGAACGGCGUCAAUCCAGUUCGCAGCCUCAGCAUGUUGCUCAAGUGGAACUAUUGGCAAGUAACCAACCAAGCCAAGAGACCGCGGGCCAAGAAGAACGCAGCCGAGCCAGAAGAAUCAGUCAAGGAAAGUGAGGAUACCAGCGAGUCCCAGAAGCCGAAACGAAGAGUGGUCAAGCAGAAAAAGGCGGAUGAUAGCGAGAAAACAACACCAGCAACGACGCCGGCGCCAGAAGCUGUCAAUGGGGUGGCAGCACAGGCUACAAAACUAGGGGUGAACACAAGAGCAGCAAAGUCCUCCAGAAGAGGGGUCGGGGUGGAAAGUAUCACAUUCAAAGACAGGGUUCUUCCGCAAGACAAGCGCAAUGGCCCGAGUGGUGGAAAGCAAGUAGGCACGGAGACAGAACCACCAUCGAGGGGAGAGGAGGAGGUAGCGCCUGAACGAAACGACAAAGACCUAGGUGGCAACGAACGGUCCUUCAGAAGGCCGAGCAUGAGGACCGAAGAGUCUGAGUCGACCAUCGUAGUCAAGGGUAACGCACCGUUGACGAGGCGAUCGCUGCGCAGUGCGAGGAGAUCCAGUGGUUAA